AUGAAGUUCACUACCGUUGUCGCUGCAGGUAUCGCUGCCUCCGCAGUGGUCUCUGCUGGGAAGGAGAAGGAGUUCACCACGACUAUGACCUUCAGUGGACCAAGCACAACUUUCGUGACUACCUCCACCCAUUUGACUCACAAGUACGGUAAGUUUAACAAGACCAAGAAGUCUCACGAACCAAAGCCAUCAGGGACUCGCAAGUACGGUAAAUUCAACAAGACUAAGAAGUCCCAUGCUCCAAAACCAUCUGGGACUCACAGAUACGGGAGAUUCAACAAGACCAAGAAGUCCCAUGCUCCAAAACCAACGGAUACCCACAGAUACGGGAGAUUCAACAAGACCAAGAAGUCCCAUGCUCCAAAGCCAACCGAUACUCACAGAUACGGUAGAUUUAACAAGACCAAGAAAUCCCAUGAACCAAAGCCAUCUGGGACUCACAAGUACGGUAAAUUCAACAAGACUAAGCACCACUCUCAUACCCCAGACGUCAAGUUGGUUCAACCAAACGCUGCCUCUCCAGUCUCAAGAGUCGACUCCUUCAAACUGUACGGUUUGACUGCUGGGAGUGCCAUGGUUGCUGGUGCUUUGCUGUUGCUAUGA